AUGUGGGAAUACCGGGGGCAGAACGACCGCACUCGGUCGACAGCGACCGAAUGGGACGAGGGCGAGUACCGGAAGGCGCUCGCCAAGAUCACCACUGCCACCUUUACCUCCUUCGAGGACGGCUUGCAGCCCUACUCCGAAGAUACCCCAGCGCCUCAGCGCUGGCAGAAGAUCACUGAUCACCUCCCCCCCCUCGCCGGGAAGGAGCCACCGGAGAUGACCGAAGGCGAGGAGGAAGAGGUCGACGACGAGGAGGAGCGCACCGAGUCGGAUUUCGAGGCGCGGGACUUCAUCAGACUCCCGCGCGGGUCGAAGAGGGGUUCCGAGUUCUCGUCCCAGGGCGCAGCUGAAGAGGAGGCGACCUCUCGUCCGGAGGGCAAGGCGGAGCCUUCCAAGGAAGGGGCCGAGCCGCUAUCGAAGCGACUGCGCCCCACUCUCCUGGAAGGAUCCAUGAGGCUUCAGCGCCCCUUGAAGGAUGCGAUCGACGCGGGAGCUCGGGCCGGUCCAGGCGUAAAAGCGAUCCCCACGGUGAGGUCCAAGAAGAAGACCCUGGCGAAGCCGCCCGCGGCUGGGGUGGCGGCCACGAGGGCAGCCGAGGCGAAGAAGAAGGCCGCGGAGAAGAAGGCGGCGCCGUCCGACCUUGGGGGCGCGGGGUCGGCUCCGGAAGAACCCACCAUCGCGAGCCAAGCUGAGAAGGUGAGCACCAGCCGCGCCGAGCCCACCGCCGAAGUCUUUCCUCUGCCCAGCAUGGUUCGCGGGGGCAUGGCGAGCGCGGCGACGGGACCGGACGUCGUUCCACCCGUGGUGGAGGAGGAGUCGACUGACGUCGGGUCGACCGAGGGGCAGAAGGCGCCCGAGGUCGAAGAGAACAUCGUCGAGGAGGGCGGCCUGUCGGAGCCGCUGAAGGAGCGCCGGUCCAAGGCCGCUAGGGACCGAGCCCCGCCCAGUGAUGCCGACACGCGGGUGGGCGAGGUGCCGUCGACUGAGGCGGUGAUGCAAGCGGAAGAGGCGACCGAGUCACGCCAUCCGCCGCCUUCUACCUUGACUUUCACCGAGCUCCACACGGCGCUUGGUGAAGCACACGUGGCGGAGGUUAAGCGAUUGAGCGCGCUCGUGGAGGAGGCGGCGCAGAAGAACCGGAAGCUGAUUGCUCUGGGCACAGAGGCGCAGGCGAAGGCUCUUGCCGAGGCUCGGGAAGGAUUCGUCAAGGAAUCUUUCUACCGUGAAGCCGAAUUCCGGGCGCAGCAGGCCGAAGAGGCCCGGAAAAGGGCAAAAGCAGAGGUGGCGGAAUUGAAAGUCCUGGAGCAGAAGGGCCGGGAACUGGAAGACGUCAUCGCCGAGUACAAGGUAAAGCUGGAGGCCGCGACUGAUGCGCGGGACUCCGCGCGUGGGGCUGCCGUGUCUCUUCGGGAGGAGGUUGCGGCCUUGAAGCAGCAGCACGCCAAGGAGCUAGCUGCGGAAAAGGAGGCGUCCGAAGGCACCGUCCUGGCGGUGCAGGCCGAGAAGACCAACUUCGAGGCCUUCGUCAGAGAGAUGUCGCGGCAGAUUCUUGGUACGUGCGACUUCGUGGAGACGGCGACUCCGCGGGAAUGCUUGUCGACCGCGACCGCGCGUAUCAUCGCCUGUGCGGGGAGAUACUGGCCGCGCUCCAGUACCUGAGUCCGCGGGAGGUGAUUCCGCGGGACACGCCAUCCGUCUUCAGGGCCGUGUCCAAUAUUCCGGCCGUGGUUGACUGGCUUCGCCGCUCCUCCUGCCGUGUUGGCAUUACCAUGGCUCUGAGCAUGGUGCUGGCGCACUACUCCGAGGGAUUCGACGUGGAGGAGGUCACCGCUGGCUUCCCCUCGGAGACUGGCGAGUUCGAUGUUGCCGAAGUGUUGCGACUAAUGGAUGCGGUGCGCCCCUUUGCCGACCGAGUACUGGCGACUGCGGACUUGGAGACUCACAUCCCCAGCCAAGCGGCGCCUGGGGACGCGGAGAAGGAGCCAAGCCCGGUGGACUACCCCGCGGAGCGCCUCUUCCAUGCCGCGGCCGCCGGCUCGUUGUCUACGUAUCCGGUCGUGCUGUACACGCCGAAGUUUCGUCAUGGCGAUGAUGGCGUCGAGCCUGUCGUAGAGGGGGCUCCUGGGCCGUCCUCGUAGUUUUCUGAGUUCCUGCGUAAGAAGUAGCUUGGAUUCCCGCGAGCGGGUGUCAGUUGUAAAUAAAGUGAUAACUUUUGCUUAAAUAUAAUUCUGUGGUUGCUUUUGAAUU